ACAGAUGGAGGUUACAGGGUCAGCUGAAAGGGAUUCAGAGGAACAGGGACCAUGCGCCCUUUGUGACAUGAGGGAGACCAGAACAGCUGACUCAGUCAUGGAGCAAUACCCAACAGUGUAUGACCCAUACAGGGGGAAGAUGCCAUUCCACCAUGUAACCGCCGGCCUGCUCUACAAGGGGAAUUACCUGAGCCGCUCGCUCUCCGAUGAGAGCGACAGUGAGCAAUUAGCCAGCAUCUCGGUGGAGGAGCUGGCCGAAAUGCGGGAAGCAUUCCGGGUGCUGGAUCGGGAUGGCAAUGGGUUUAUAUCAAAGCAGGAGCUGGGCAUGGCCAUGCGCUCACUGGGGCACAUGCCCAGUGAGGUGGAGCUGGCCAUUAUUAUGCAGAGAUUGGAUAUGGACGGAGAUGGCCAUGUGGACUUUGAUGAAUUUAUGACAAUACUGGGCCCAAAACUUUUGUCUUCCGAAACGAGGGAAGGGUUCCUCGGGAAAACGAUAGACAGCAUAUUCUGGCAGAUCAUUUAG